CGGCCGGCCGCUGCGACAGUUUGAAGAAAACGACCGGACGUGGCUCGGAUCGCGCACCUUUCGACGCACCGAAAACGGAGACACGGAGAUUUUCGCGGGACGCCGACUCUUGAGGAGUAACUCAUCUUGGAAUAAUUAUAGAUGAGCGCCCUAAAGAAAAAACAAAUUCUUGAGUACAUUUUCAGAGGAAAUAAAAAUUUACUCGGCUUGAGGUCAAACAAAAAGCUGCGCCUUGCUGGAGGCCCUCUAUGAUGGAAAUGCUGAAAUCUGUUUUUGGUUUUGAGCAACCGACUGUGGAGUGAAUGAGAAAAUAAAUCCUUUUUUAUUCUAAACGCAAUCGAUCUGCUGUAUUAUUAGAAUCACACCUUGGCGGUUCCAUUCAAUCUCACGAAAGCUGAUGUGAUCCCAAAAUACACGAAAUCGAUUUGAAAGUCACAUUUAUUCAAAUAUACUGGUCUGCUCGUAUAAUUCCGAGCGCUUGAUAAGAACUUCCUGCCUGCGCGUUUAAAAACCACGACUCUGCCCUCCACUUGUUUCCACAUGUGUAUCAUAAUAUCAGACAACCAAGUUUUUUCCUCCACAUUUGGAUAUCGCACACGCAGUCGUCAACAGGCAGACGUGCAGGUCAUUGCAAAAAAGAAUCCAACCGGUGCGCCAUGGGCUCCCUGCUGUGCUGCUUCAAGUGGCUCAAGUUCAAGAAGGUGCGUCAGCGGUCAGGCGGGGUUAGACAUGACCCGAGUAAGUUCGGCCACUACAGAGCAGGCGCCCCGUCGCCGGAGUACAAAAGGAGAAAAGUUUCAAGAAUGGCAGGCACAAUUUCGAUGGAAGAUGUGCGGGAUGAGGGUACAACCCGGAGCCCCACGGAUUCGGACAGGUCUCGAGCCGGCUCGCCAGCACCUGCUCUUGUUAGCACUCGCCUGACUGUGCCGAUGCACGGCAUGGGCAAAAAGAGGAACGUUUCGGCGGCGCUCGCGGUUUCCUCCCCCGAUUUGCUGAAAGCCCAGGAGAAUGAAAGGGCCGCGCUGCAACCGAGUAAAUUAGUGGCCGGCGACAAGCAGUGGCUUUCUUCGCUGAAUAUCAUGUCUUCGUCAAACAGCAGAAACCAGAGUACCACAACCAGCAGAUCGAAUUCCCCGGUUUCGAGAAACAAGGUUGACAGUGAUGAAAAACCAUUUGAAAAGAAGGAAGCAGUUGCAGUGCUACCAGAACCUGUAGCGAUCACUGUUUCUGUGACCGGUUCUAAUUAUGAUCUGCCAGAGGCCGACCAAGACUCAGGGAAGGCGCAUAAGAAAAGCUUUCUGGCGCUUCCAUUCACACAACUGAAGAAAAAACUAUCGAGUUCGACUUCUGAUUUGAGCAAAAAGCUUUCAAGCUCGAGCUAUGAUUUGAGCAAAAAAUCGCCGAGUCAUGCAAGUCAGUCCAGCUUCUAUCUGGAGGAUGUUACUGCGUCCUAUGAAGCCAACACCGCCUCCGUUGUAGAUAAUAUUAGCGUAGCAAUGGAACACGGGCUGGAUUUGCAGAUGUACAUGAACGAACAGUCUGCUAUUGAGUCUCAAAAUCAAGAAGAAAAAGGCAUUGCAGUCCACGAUGAAUACUCCUAUGGUUCCGUCAUUUUCACUGCCGGAUACCAAAAUGGACAAUUCAAAGUGUCGAUAAAGAAAAUGCAAAAUCUGCCGUACAAAGGAAAGAAUCCAAUCCAAUAUUCAGUCUUGAUAAAACUCCAGCUGAUGCCUGAAAACAAAAAGUACCCCGCUCGCUACUGCGGCCAAAGUGGGGACAAGAAGUCGCCCAACCCCAUCAUGGACGAGGAUUUUCAGUGGAACUCGGUGGUCAUUCAGGAAGACAGCUAUCUGUGCAUUUCGGUGUUUGAAAAAGGCAGGCAGGAGAAGUACGACGCCAUCGGCCACAUUCUUCACCCGCUGAAACUGUCCGAGCUGAGAAAAUUCAAACAAGUUUCAGCCAACCUGCACAAAACAUCAGCGCCCUCUUGGAACAAAGGCGCGUUGCACUUGACGUUCAGCCUAGCUUCCAAUUGCUUCGAGAUUCUAGUUUACUGCAUCAAAGACCUUCAAGUAAAUGAUGUCAAAUUCCCAGGUACACCAAACUUUUAUAUAAGGGCGACCUUGUACGUGAAAGGCAAAAAGGAAAGGAGCGAAAAGAUGAAUGUGACUGGCCCUCAAGAAGGUCAGAAUGGCGGCGAUUAUUUCAUCAACGAAAUUAUCAAAUUGCCUAUUGGCUCAAACAUGAAUUUGGCGGACAGUUUGAUUGUCUUAAGUUUGGUUCGAAAAAUUGGCAAGCUUUCUAACGAUUUCACUGUCGGCAGGAUUAUUUUCGGGCCCUACUUCUUUUUGAAAGGUGAACAAACAGAUUGGGGGAGAGUGAUAUUAGCCAAGCAAACCGUUACUGCGUGGUAUAAAUUGCAAAUGAUCAAUUAGAGAAUUAAUUAAGAUAAAACAUUUAUUAAUUUCUCGGUAUUUAACAUUAUAAAAUUUAGUAGCAUUGAAAAUGUCAAUGCAAAUAUUUUCACCCUUUAUCCAUUUUGAGUCACAUUUCAAUAGCUUUUGUGUGACAACAGUCAUUUACACCGCAGCACAGGAAUAUAAAUAUAACAUGUUAUUACAAAGAAGUAAAAUAACUAUGAAUUGUCAGUAAACUAAACUUAGUUUGGAACACAUUUCCUUAGAUCACGACAUUAAAUAAAUGACACUUAACACAUAUAAUUAUGUUUUCAUACAACAAAAUGACUAUUUCACUUUGAUAAAUAAAUUAACAUUGAGAUCAAAGUAAA